AUGACCGUACGAUGGACAGUUCUAGUGGCGUAUGCGCGGCCGCAGCCAGGGAGUCUUCAGAUGAUGCUGGAGCAAUUCAUUCUAGAAUAUUGGGAUCAUGUUCCUUCGCACAAGGAGCUCUGCCCCGUCGGCACCAGCGGAAACGUGGUGGAAACAAUACAAGUUCCACACACAAGACACGGUCGUCUCCCUGGAUGGCUGAGAGGGUUCCAGAACCUGACGUUGCAACAUACCAAUGAGUACAUGACCUACAGAGGCAUCUACGAUGACACCACCUAUAACCCCCUCUAUGACGUCACUAACACGACAUUCGAUGACGUAAUAUACAGUGAUGCAAAUCAUUCAAAUUUAAAUUACAAUGGCACUUUGAUUGCAGUUGGUGGUGUAGAUCCAAGAGUUUACAUUUUCGCAGCAACAUUUUUGAUAGUGUUUUGUACCAUUUCCUUAGCUGUCAACAUCGUAGUCUUGUCUUCAGUAUUCUUUAUGAGAUCCAGGGUGUACCCUACCCUCUACAUCAGUCUCAGCCUCGCUGGUGCUGACACAUUCAGUCUCUUGUUCUACGCUCUCGGACUUUUCUUUUUCACUCUCCUUCCCAGGUUGGACAUCAGACUAAAUGCUCCCUGCGUGCAUUUACUGUUAGAAGCUCUCAGAAUGGGAGCUAUCCUGACGACAAUGUUUCAUCUUGCGGCUCUAGCUGUCAACCACUACUUGGGAAUACGUCUGCCGCUACACUAUAACGUGUAUAUGACUCGGAGGAAUAUACAAUAUGGAAUAGCUUUCUUGUGGAUCGUGCCCUCCUUCCUACUCAUCCUCUACAUGUUCUUGCUGGAAGGAGAUAGCUUCAACACAUGUCCUUACGAAUUCUUAAUGAGGGCGAAAUUCCGCACGAGGUUCUCCAUCCCGUUUUUUGGAACUCUGGGUGCGAUGAUUUUCAUCUACGUGCAUAUCUAUCGGCUUGUAUGCAAGCACCAGAAGAGGCCCCUGGAUGGUAGAUGCCAUAGAAGCUUCAACCGCUCCAGAACCCGGGGCUCGAGUUCCAGUCAGAACGAUUUCUGGCUGUUUCCUCAACAGUUCUGA